UGGCAACACGUUAAUGGGAAAAGAAAGGAAAAACUCCGUACUAGUCCGUGUCUUCUGUUAGUAGUAGUUUGUUGUUAUGAUUGUGUGAAUGAAUUUAUUUCUGUAAUUACUAAUCAGAAUCAUGGAAGCUACAGGUUCUACAUCAUAUGUUUGUUCCGCGGAUGUUGCGGCAUUCGUAGAUGCUUUAGAAACAAUUAACUGUCAUGAACCGGAAAGCUACGAAACAACAGAAAGUGUCAUGAUCUGUCUGACUGAAAGAGGAAGUACUGAACCUCCUCUGGAACCAAUCAUAACUGACAUUGAUGACACUAGUACAGAAGAUGGCUUUAAAUACUUUAAUCCUGAUACUCGAAAGUUAAAGGCAAUAAUGCAGAAUUUAGUUGCUCAAAAUAAAGCUGUUGUAGUUAAAAAGGUUGUUAAUAGUACCAAAGGUAACAAGCCAUUCAAAAGUGAAGUUUGGAAUUGGUUUGGAGAUGUGCAUUUGCUUAUUAGUGAAAGAGAAGCAGAACAGUUGAAGAUACCGUUUUACACAAGGCUUGGUGAAAAUGAAGAGAAAAUGCUGAUUUGUAAAGUUUUUGUAGGGUGCUUUAAGUGUUCUGCAUUGUUUAUGUAUGAUGCACAGAAGCAUUCCACAUCCACACUUCGUUAUCACGUCCGGUCGUGCACAAGACCAAAAGAUUGUAUUUUUGUAUCUGAUGAUAAGAUGGAUGAUGAAACUCAAGAAAGAGUUGAAGGUGAAAAACUUCCUAUACAAGAAGUCUCAAAUUCUAAAGUUAAAAGAUUUAGAACUGACCCUCGGAAACAAAAAGAAGUUAUUGAGCAGCUUUUUCAGAAACAAAAAGCUGUUGUCACACGAAAAUCUUUCAUGAAUAUGAAGGGCAAUAGAAGAUUUAAGAGUGAUGUCUGGAAUUGGUUUGGUGACAUAAAAUUACUUAUUAGUCGAAGUGAAGCCAAAAAACUUAAGAUACCAUAUUACAUAAGAAGAUGUGGUGAUGAACAAAUGGUGCUUUCUAAAGUUUUUGUUGGUUGUUUCAAGUGCUUAGCUUUGUUCAUUCAUGAUUCUCAAAAAUCAACAUCUACACUUCGUUAUCAUAUCAGAACGUGUUCACGUCCAAAGGAAAGGAAAAAAAGAACUACACCAAAUAUAAUAUUCUUUCCAAACACAAAAUGCCCAAAACAACCUGAAGUAUUCAAUGAUGGAGAUGCAAUUCAUGCACAUGAAAAGUUAAUGAACUUCGCACUGAGUACUGAAAGUUCAUUUGAUUUAAUUAAGGACUCAGAAUUUCAUAAAAUAUUACAAAUGUGCAUUACAGUAGGAGCAAUAUAUGGAGAUGUAAAUAUCGACAGUCUUCUUUGUGCAACCCCUACUUUAACCAGCUUCAUAUUAAAUGGUUUAUAUGAAUCAGCAGUAAAUGCAUUUUAUACUGAAUUCCAAUAUUCCUAUGGUGCUACAUAUAGUAUAAAUUUAUGGCUUGAUGAACAAGUAAAAUCUCCAUUUAUAAGUAUAUUUUGUAAUUUUGCAAAUGUUGAAGGACAGAUGAAGUCAGUUAUUGUCCGUACUGAUGAAUUUGAUUUUGAAACAAAGACUGCAGAUGAUGUGAGAGAGUGGUUCACUAAAUUUUUGGCUGAUCAGCAAAUAGUCCCCUUUAAAUAUUUAAUGACAAUUGAUAAUGAAUCUAAUUUAGUUUCUGCAUUUAGAGAUGAACAAUGUGUAAAAUGUUGUGUUCAGAGUUUAACAAAUAUUCUUCAAGUAGUUUCCACUAAAGGUGCAACAGCAACAAACAGUGAGCUUCCAGACUUUACAAAUUUGCUAAGUAAUUGUGUGGAUAUAGGUGAAUAUUUUGACCAGGUAUCUGAACAGUAUCAGCUUCCGGAAAGUCUUGUAAAAUGUCAUGAUGAAAAAUGGACAUCUAUUCUUUCCUUAUUCCGUUCAAUUGAAGAUCAGUAUGAAAAUAUUCUUAAUAUUUUGAAUGAAACUAAUUCUACUCAUUUGCUUUCUGUAGAAAAGGCAACAAUAACAGCAGUUGUUGAGUUUUUUAAGUUGUUUGAAGAUGCAAUAAUUCAGUUAUCAAACACCUCUGAGCCAACACUGAAUCUAGUUAUUCCUUGGGUUGCCAAGCUUCAGAAACACUGCACUGCAUCUCAAAAAGAUGCAGCUGUUUUAAAGCAGCUUAAAAGUCUAAUCAAUACGGAAAUGAUUGAACAGUUAAUAAAAAUUAUAAAUAUAUAUCAUCGUAUGGCUACUUUCUUAGAUCCACGUUUCAAAAAGAUGGUUUUUGGUCCUCAGACUGAUCAUAGGGAAGCUAAUAUUAGAAUCAAAUGUCUUGUAAAAGAAUGCAUGGAAUCUCCUAAUGUAGAAGAUUAUGCUGAAAACAGAAAAUCACACUGUGAGUCUGAUCGUUUCUCUGAUUUAUAUGCUGUGAGCAGUUUUGAUGCUACUAAAUGUGAAAAAGCAGCUCUUGAAGAAGUUGAUAAGUAUUGUGCUGAACCAUUCCAACUUGUAAAUUUAGAUUUAAGACAGCAGAAUAAGUUUUCUGUCUUGAAAUAUUGGGCACAGCAUUCACAUUUGUAUCCAAAUCUUAGCAAAAUUGCUUUUUGGCUUCUUUCAUGUCCUGCUAGUUGUUUUCAAGAUAAUGAGACAUUUUGGAGCAAUAACUGGUUAGUGAACUGUCCUCGUCUACCCUUACAACCAGAUAAUGUGAACAAAAUCUUGUUUGUUAAGACAUACCGUGGCAUAUAACUGUUUGUGUUUUAAAUAAAAUACUUUCCUUCUUAAAAUAAGUGUGUAAAGUUUAUAAAAUACGUUCAAAGCAAGUGUAAUUUACUGCAUCUUUUCCAUUGUGAUGAAACUUAGUAUUCAUUUAAGGAACAAUAUUUAUGUUUAUAUGUAUGAAUGUAGAUUUCUGACAUGGUAUGAAAAACAUGCAAUGUAUAGAUUUUAUAGGCAAUAUAUAGAAUGCUUAGCAUUCUGUAUAAUACAGACUUUUCAGGGGGAAGAAUAUGUGACUAUAACUCUUGAGCAAUUAAUCAUAUGACUAUUGCCAUAGCUGCAAUUUUGAGUCAAUUAAGACUUUCAGGUUAAACAUUUCAGCUUUAAACAUGUGAAUCUAAAUUUUGCUUGGAUCUUUUAUGAAGAAAGUUGCAUGAGUAAGUUCUUUUCCCCAUAAAGAUUUUAUAGAAAGGGGGAAAAUAGCACUGUGAUAUGUAAAAUGAGUCCUGAAAAAUAUUUUGAAAAUUACAAUUUCUACAAUUUUCCUACUAUUGUUUGUUGUUUUCGGAUAAAACGUCGAGAUCAAUGAAUUUAGUGACUUGUUCACAUUUUGUGUUCGACCACCAAAGCAAAUCUGGGUGGGACAAAUCUUUAAAUACAGGUUUUAUAGCAUCCAUAACUGCUAUAGGAACUGAAUUUUUGUGUUUUAUCAUGGUAAUUGUCAGAAUGCUUCUUAAUGGUAUUUCCAUAAUAUGAUGUAAUUUGAUCUAUCAGCACAUCCGUAAGUCGACCUUUAUCGCUAAGAGGUUUCUUGUCAUACAGUUUCUUGCCACGGAAUUCCUGUUUUACUUUCCUCAAACGGGCACCCAUUCGUUUUUGAAUGUGGCCUACACAUUCUAUCUUCGAAAUCGGAACAUUAUAGGGGUUAUCCUUCGUAAAGCCUAAGAAAGUUUUACAAUCUCCAUCACCUAUAUAAUUAACAUAAUGAACAUUAUACUUUUCUUCGGGUCGCAAAAACAUAUUUAACAUACCAUUCACUUCCAUUUUUGCAGAUGAACCUAAAUGAUUCUUACUGCAUACUUUGUUAUGUUCUAUUUUCCAUUUCAAAUAGCUUUCCUUGGAUAUAUUUUUUCCUGUCUCACAACCUUUGCAGUAGGAACUUGAAACAUAACGAUCAAUAACUUUAGCCGUUUCACCACCAAUAAUGGAAGUUACACCGAAAUGUGAAGAAUGUCCUCUGGUUUUCCAUGUGCCAUCUCCGCUAAUGGUCAAAUCUGAAGAACCAGUCAUUUUUAUUUCUUCAUCAGCUGCUAUCUUCAUACUAUUUUCCGCAAUAUUACAUGUAGCAGCAUGCAUAUGACUUCUGUGCUACAGGUGGUGGUAGAUCCAUAAUUCCACAAAAUAUUCUGGAUUCUGUCAAUCCAUUUUCAAUAUACCUCAUUGCUAAAGUAAAUCUUCUGUUUAAAUCAGAAGCAAUUUGUUUUUCACCUACAAGCUUGGAAUUUCUUAUAGAUGUUAGUACUCCACAAGAGCAGCAUGAAGUAUUUAUUUUUAUGGUUAAACCAUAUACUACUUCAGAAGUAAUACUAAUUUUAUUAUGGCAAAUAUGACAGCAUAAGUAUUCUUCUAAUCCAGAAAAUAAUAAACUUUUAUCAAUGAUUGCAUACCCUUCAAAUUUGCUGUCACCUUAUACUACUAAAUGAUCUAGAAGUUUUUUUGCUGAUGCAGAGACAUUUGCAUCUUUAUCAUUAAUUCUUGUGUACCGAGUUCCACAAAAAUUAUUCCUUUUCCUUUUCUUUGGUCUUUGACCGGAAGCUCUUUUGAUAUUAUUAUUCAUUUUUAAAUUUCAAAACAAAUAUCUUUACAUAAACGUUUAUUCAGUAAAACAAACUUGGUAUGAAAGACCGAAAUAGAAACACUCAAACAAGGUUAGAUUUAGCAGCGUGGUAAUAAGAUAUCAUGUAAACAAACUACCAGCAAUGAAGUUGAGUAGUUGCCAUCCUUCUUUCCCUACACGAAAAGGAAAUUUAAAAAAAAAAAAAAAAAAAAAAAAAAAAACAGUAUUAAAUACUUCUUUGCAUAAUAAUAAAAAUAUGAGCUUGUAUA